UCUGAAUCUUGGCAGAGUGUACCAGUAUCGGGUCAUAACUAUAUCAGGAACUGAGGAGAGUGAGCCAUCCCCUGCUGCCACAUACAUCCACGGGAGCGGGUACUGUGGUGAUGGAGUUAUCCAGAAAGGCCAAGGUGAAGAAUGUGAUGACAUGAAUAAGAUCAAUGGUGAUGGCUGCUCCCUUUUCUGCCGACAAGAAAUUUCCUUCAAUUGCAUUGAGGAACCAAGCCGGUGCUAUUUCCAUGAUGGUGAUGGAGUAUGUGAGGAGUUUGAACGAAAAACUAGCAUUAAAGACUGUGGUGUCUAUACGCCACAGGGCUUCCUGGACCAGUGGGCAUCCAAUGUGUCAGUAUCCCACCAAGACCAGCAAUGCCCAGGCUGGGUUGUCAUCGGACAGCCAGCAGCAUCACAGGUGUGUCGAACCAAGGUGAUAGAUCUCAGUGAAGGCCUUUCCCAGCAUGCCUGGUACCCUUGCACCAUCAGUUACCCCUACUCCCAGCUGGCUCAGACCACUUUCUGGCUCCGGGCAUAUUUUUCUCAGCCAAUGGUUGCUGCGGCUGUGAUUAUCCACCUGGUGACUGAUGGGACAUAUUAUGGGGACCAAAAGCAGGAAACCAUCAGUGUGCAGCUGCUAGACACCAAGGAUCAGAGCCACGAUCUAGGCGUCCAUGUCUUGAGCUGCAGGAACAAUCCCCUGAUUAUCCCUGUGGUCCAUGACCUCAGCCAGCCCUUCUACCACAGCCAGGCGGUACGUGUAAGCUUCAGUUCGCCCCUGGUCGCCAUCUCUGGGGUGGCCCUCCGCUCCUUCGACAACUUUGACCCCGUCACCCUGAGCAGCUGCCAGAGAGGGGAGACCUACAGCCCCACCGAGCAGAGCUGUGUGCACUUUGCAUGUGAAACCACUGACUGCCCAGAGCUGGCUGUGGAGAAUGCAUCUCUCAAUUGCUCCAGCAGUGACCGCUACCAUGGUGCCCAGUGCACUGUGAGCUGCCGAACCGGCUACGUGCUCCAGAUACAGCGGGAUGAUGAGCUGAUCAAGACCCAGACGGGACCCAGUGUCACAGUGACCUGCGCUGAAGGCAAGUGGAACAAGCAGGUGGUGUGUGAGCCAGUGGAUUGUGGCAUCCCGGACCACCACCACGUCUACGCCGCAUCCUUCUCCUGCCCCAAGGGCACUACAUUUGGCAGCACAUGUUCCUUCCAGUGCCGUCACCCUGCUCAGCUGAAAGGCAAUAACAGCCAGCUCACCUGCAUGGAGGAUGGACUGUGGUCCUUCCCGGAGGCCCUCUGUGAGCUCAUGUGCCUCGCUCCACCUCCUGUGCCCAACGCAGACCUGCAGACUGCCCGGUGCCGAGAGAACAAGCACAAGGUGGGCUCCUUCUGCAAGUACAAGUGCAAACCUGGGUACCACGUGCCUGGAUCCUCCCGGAAGUCGAAGAAACGGGCCUUUAAGACUCAGUGUACCCAAGACGGCAGCUGGCAGGAGGGAGCAUGCAUUCCUGUGACCUGCGCCCCACCUCCACCCAAAUUCCAUGGGCUCUACCAGUGCACGAAUGGCUUCCAGUUCAACAGCGAGUGCAGGAUCAAGUGCGAAGACAGUGAUGUCUCCCAGGGACGUGGGAGCAAUGUCAUACACUGCCGGAAAGAUGGCACCUGGAGCGGCUCCUUCCACCUUUGCCAGGAGAUGCAAGGCCAGUGCUCAGCACCCAACCAACUCAACAGCAACCUCAAACUGCAGUGCCCUGAUGGCUAUGCCAUAGGGUCAGAGUGUGCCACAUCAUGCCUGGAUCACAACAGCGAGCCCAUCAUCCUACCGGUGAACGUGACUGUGCGUGACAUUCCCCACUGGCUGAACCCCGCACGGGUUGAGAGAGUCGUCUGCACUGCUGGGCUCAAGUGGUAUCCUCACCCUGCUCUGAUUCACUGUGUCAAAGGCUGCGAGCCCUUCAUGGGAGACAAUUACUGUGAUGCCAUCAACAACCGAGCCUUCUGCAACUACGAUGGUGGGGAUUGCUGCACCUCCACGGUGAAGACCAAAAAGGUCACUCCCUUCCCAAUGUCUUGUGACCUACAAGGUGACUGUGCUUGUCGGGACCCCCAGGCCCAAGAACACAGCCGGAAAGACCUCCGGGGAUACAGCCAUGGCUAAGGAAGGACAAGUUGUCAAAGAAUUCCCAACGCCAGGACCUGCAUCCCUUUGGUAUUGAUUUCACAGUCCGCUGCUCAACAGAAUGGCCUCUCCACACCAGGGAUCCUUAGCACCCAACCGGUCUGCCUUUAAUUUUACCCAGGAAGGACUCACAGUGGGGGCGAAUGAACCAAGUCUUACUAUGUUGAAUGAUGGAAUGGAAUCCCAUCCCAAAGUCUGAGAUGGAUUGCAUAGACAGUGUGCAGUCCCAGAGCCUCCUAAAACUCUAACCAUUUGUCAUACAACCACAGCAAGAAACGUAUUCCAUAUCUAGGAGUAUGCACAUCUGUGGUUAGUACACAUGCAUGCAUACACACCCAUACAAACAUCUGUGCUAGGGAAGUUCUAGAGAUUGAGUAGCGAGAAAAGAGAACAAACUCAAUCUUUUUGUUC